AACGCUUCGCUUAUCAAUUAUUCGAUUAUUCGUUAGGCUCAAUUAAUGAGAUUUUCUAUUUGGAUUCAGUUGGAAACUUCAUUCACCUUGAAAGCUCAGCGUCUGUGUGGUUCACUCAAUGAGAAUCAAUUGCUUUCCACAUGACUCUAUACGACAUUUUGGCUGAAUUAACAGUUCCGCAGCAGCCUUAUUUUCAGAAAAUGAAAUUAACGUGACGUAAAAAGGCAUAGUUCAUUUGUUGCUUACUAUAAAACCCAGUUGGAAUAGAGCUAGACGAACCAUUAGCAAACUGUGGACGUUUCCAACAUCUUAGGUAUUAGACCAUGUCGUUGUUUCCUUUUUUAAUGAUUUUGUUGUUACUGGGCAAUAACUUUUCCCCAACGACUGCCAAUUCUUUGCCGACUCUAAGUAAGAAAAGCAUGGGCCUGAAUGGCCUACAUUUGAAAUUAGGAGCCAUUCAUGUAAGUUGGUCAUGACAAAUUACUUGAUUCGCCUGAUUUAUUUUUCUGUGCCUUGCAAGAUGCCACCCUUUGAUGUAUUGACUUUGCGUCCAGACGGGAACUACACUCACACUGGCAGUAGCAAAGUGCUGUAUGAUUGGGUCGCAGAUAAACUCAAUUUUACGUUUUCUUAUUAUUUUGUACCUAAUAAAUUGACUAAAGCCAGGUACGGAAACAUUAGCGACAUUGCUACAAUUAUUAACCUUAUCAUCGACAAAGAAAUUGACUUGUCGGCUAUGGGUAUGAUCGCAACUCCCGAUAGAAAAAAGCUGGUGGACUUGGUGUACGCGAUUUGGACGGAAGCCUACGUUAUGGUGGUGCCUGCACCAGGCGAAGAGCCUCGACUCUUUGCGUUCAUUCUUCCAUUUCAGUCCACGGUGUGGCUACUCAUCUUAAUUACAAUGAUCACCAUGGUAGCCAUAAUGUCAUCGUUCUCGAAAAUUUACUUGAAAUUCUUCGCAAAAGUUAACACUGGCCAUAAUAAUCUCCAUCCGAUUACUAGCAAAGAGGAAACCUCAUUCAGGUGGAUCAUUCAUUAUGCCGUAUACAUAAUCAACACCAUGACAAAUCAAGGGGGAGGAAUCGCAAUCGCUCGGCUCUCGUUUCGCAUUCUUGUCGGGGCGUGGCUGUUGAUCGCCAUGGUCUUGGUCAAUAGUUAUUCGGGCACUGUCAUUUCUUACUUGACAGUCCCGAAAAUGAAACAACCCAUCAACAAUUUAGAGGAUCUAGCCAGAAGUGAAGAUGUUGGGCUCAUAUUACUGGCAGAUACGGUCAUCGAGCAACAGAUAAAGGAUGCCGAAACCGGUGCACUCAAAGUUCUUGGUGACCAAGUUCGGAGCAACCCAGAUCGAAUAGCCAGCAGCGUACCGAAACUUUACAGUCGUUUAGAAUCUGGGAAUUUCGCUUUUCCAUUCUUAAAAACAUUUUGCCAAAAUUUUGUAUUGUACGAUUUUAAAAAAGAUGGCAAGUGUCGUUUUAAAUUAACGGAUCCUAUCAACAUUUUCGGACUUUGGUCUCUGCCUAUGCAAAAGGACAGCAAAUACUCAGCGAUGUUUACCAUUGCAUUGAUGGAACUUUGGGAGGCCGGAAUUCCUCCAUUUUCCGUGAAAAAAGCCUUGGCAGGGGCGGAAAAGUGUUUCGCGAAAACGAAACCACGGGCGUCGUCACGCGAAGUUCCCAUUCGAUUAGCUGACCUGAUGGGAGCCUUCUUCAUUUUGGGCAUCGGUAUGAGCCUGGCACUGUUCGCUUUCCUCGUCGAAAUCAUUUUUAACUACAGGGACCUCAGAUCUCGACGCAAGAAAACUACUGUGCAAAAGACAAACAGUCAAUAGAAAGAAUUGCUAAUUAAGUAGGACAGGCUCUUGCCGAAGCUUUGUCAUCUAUAGUCCUAAAAAAUAUUUAAUGUUUUGUUAGUUCGCUUGCUUAUCGCCGAAACCUAGGCCUAUUAUUCCUUAUAGUUGUAAGCUUCAGUCAAUUAUUCAUAUUGAACCACG